CAUGGUGUGAAGAACCUGUUUCAGCUCAAAGGUCAUUGCUGUCAGUGUCUGUGGAUGUUUGUCUCCAUCUAGUGGCUGAACAGAUGAACUGCAGACAGACUGUCUGUCCUGUUUAUCCUCCACACGCUCCACCUCUGUGUCGUCACUGCGACUCUCUCCACCCACACCAACAACGUCACUGACUUGUUCACCUGUAAAGAAAAAAAACUUCCUGUCAAAACUUCCUCCCGCUGAGAAACAUCCUCAGAUCAGAGCAGCUGAACCAGUCUGCACCAGACACUCACACAGAGAAGAGUGAAUAUGGUUCAUUCUUCUGCUGGAGGGAUUUUUCCUUCUUACACCACCUACUCUGUCCCAGCCCACAACUGUGUUUUUCUGAUUGGAAACUGAAAGUCAGCGCCGUCAUCUUCGAGAGGAGGUGUUAGUCUGAGGUUUGGGUCUGACCUGAAAACUUAACGUCAAACAGAAUCAGAGAGCUGAGCUGCAGCUGUUCACCACUACUAGGAGUCAUGAAAAUAACGCUGAAUAAAGAUAAACGACAGGUUCAGAAUCAAUUAUAUUUAGACAGAAGUAUAUUUCUGGAUGUGAAGCUCAGGAUCUUCAGAGCUGACAGAUGGAUCCUGAAGGUCGCCCCGCUGUUUUUUGACGGGUACCCUGGAGGACCUGGAGGACCUGCAGUGGUUCAGUGCACCACUGUGGACAUGCCCCCUGAGCCCCCCAGGGACUACAUCAUCUGGUCCCUGAUCAGCUUUUUCUACUCAAACCCCUGCUGCCUCGGCCUGGUGGCCAUCAUCUACUCUAUCAAGGUUCGUCUGAAACACAGACACACCCUCGUCCAAUCAGAGCGUCUGAUUCAGUCUCUGUCUGACGCUCUCACAGGUGUGAGGAUGAGCUGGUCGGUGUCGGUUCAGCCUCAGACUCUUCAGGUUGUUUCCUCUGACGCAGCUGAGUGGUCGUCUGAGAUCUGUGACUGCUGUCGGGACGCCAGGCAAUGUUGUUGUGUGUUUUGGUGCUGUCCCUGCUUCGCCUGUAAAACCACUAAAGAGUUCGGUCAGUGUCUCUGUCUCCCCCUGCUGGACGUGCUCGGCUGCGUCCAUCCCAUCACCAUGUCCAUGAGGGUCUCUGUCCGCCAUCGCUACGGCAUCAGAGGAACUCUGUGCACCGACUGUCUCUGCUCCACCUUCUGUCUUCCCUGUGUUUGGGGUCAAAUCUCCACAGAGAUGAAGAAGAGGAAACUCCCCACCGUGCUGAGUGACAUCGUCCAACGUUGAUGACAUCAUCACUGUGACGUCACUGCUGCUGUUAAUCAGUGUUUGCUGUUUGUGUUUGUUAAUAAUCUAUUUUGCACAAUCUUUACUUUUAUGUCAUUUUAUUAAACGUGUUUGUUUAUACACUUUAUCAUUUAUUUAAUUCUGUUUUGUUUGUUUUUUGUUUUUGUCCCAAAACGUUGAACCAAUGUUAUUUUUCAACACUAAUAGAAAUAUUUUAUUUAUUGCCAUUGUCGCUGAAAUACUCAAAAUCAAAAUCAAAGAAGAGAAAAACAAAAAUAAGUGAAGAGCAGGAAAGGACGAAGAGAGAGAAGAAAAACAAUAGAAACAUUAAAAACGGCGUUAAGGUUUUAUUUUACUGGUCAUUAUUCAGCUUAAUGUUUUUAAUGGUUUUUUUUUGUAUCUCUUGUAUUAUAUUGUGUACAUUUUCAUAUAUUUCCUUUUGUAUUUAAAUCCCUUCUAUAGUGCACUGUUUGUCUUCGUGGAGCACCCACAAUUUUGUUGUACUUAACUGUACAAUGACAAUAAAGCCUAUUCUAUUCUA